UGGAGAUGUUUUUGAUGUACCUAUAAGAAAAGAUAUUAUUCAUCGUGUUGUGAGAUGGCAGCUUGCAAAACGACAACAGGGUACGCAUUCAACUAAAACAAUUAGUGAGGUCAGUGGAACAGGCAAAAAACCAUGGCGACAGAAGGGCACUGGUCGAGCAAGGCAUGGUUCUCAGCGUGGGCCCCAGUUUAGAGGUGGUGCUACAAUGCAUGGCCCAAAGCCACGAAGCCAUGCCAUUAAGAUCAAUAAAAAGGUUAGGCGCCUGGGGCUGAAGAUAGCUCUCUCUGCACGGGCGGGGGAAGGAAAGCUUCUGGUAUUUGACGAUGUGGAGAUCCCAACACACAAGACAAAGAACAUCGUAAACUAUGUCGAGCAAAUGGAGAACACUAAGAAAAUUCUGGUUGUGGAUGGUGGUCCCAUCAAUGAGAAGCUGAAAUUGGCUGCGCAGAAUCAACACUACGUCAACGUGUUACCCUCUAUAGGCCUUAAUGUAUACAGCAUCCUGCUACACAACACAUUGGUGAUGUCCCGUGAUGCGGUGAAUAGGAUUGUUGAUUGAAUGCAUACUCCAAUUAACCGUUGAUGCUAUGGUUUUUUUUUUGUUAGAAAAAUUUCCUUUGGAGGGCAAAUUUGAUGUUUCGUGUUGGUAUCUGUGCCAAUGUAGGUGUUUUUCUUCUUCCUUUUUUGAGUUCCUGUAAUAAUUAUGUAACUUAGAGCUAGCAAUUUUGUGUUUGGCACUGUUUUCUCCUUGUGUUUGAGUAUAAUGAGCCGGAAUGUGCUCUCGCAAAUAACAUUUUACUUGCUGAUC